CUGCCGCCAGGAAAACAUUUUAUUUAAUUUCAUUUUGCCUGUGUGAAGAACUACUACUGAGGAACAUUCCAGAUUUGGCAGCAACUGAGCUCAAGAUUAAAAUUAACCAAAUAUAUAUAUAUAUAUAUAUACUGUAUAAACAUAAAUGAGAAACAAUAAACUGUCCUGAAAAUAAAAAUCAGUUUUCUAUCUUUCUAUUCUUUUGCUUCAUUUAUCCCACUCCAAUAAUUAGUCUGUGACCUACGAUGAAAUUUGUGUGUUGUGUUUCCCAGCUGUGACAGAAUCACAGGAAGUAAUCGCAGCAACCCGAAGACAGAAUGACAGCAGGGCAGGAAGGCACGGAGAAAAAAAAGCAAAGAGAGAAGGAGGCUGAGUGGGUGUUAGGGGAAGACAAGCACUUGUGGGGGUCCCAGCUUCUAAAUAAUUCACGGGGAGACUAGCUGCACUCAGUGCAGGGGAGGAGCACUGUCAGGUCAGCUCAUUCACUGCAGAGCGGAGGCGGGGAAAGGAUGAGAUUGUAAGAAGAGUGUUUAAAGAUGAAUCCAUAGAAAAGUUUUCCUCUGUGCACAUGUGUGUGAAUAUAUUAUGGGAAUAAUUGUGCAUGGUGUGCUAGUUGUACAUGCCUCUGCUCUGUGUGUGUGAUGAAAAUAGAUAUGAUAAAGAAACAGGCUGCUUCUUGGUGGACCUUUUCUUAGUCACCACAGCAACUGCCUCCUCCCUCUAUCUUGCUUUUUACUUUGUUUAUUCAUCCCUUAAGUCCUUUCCUACAUUCCUCCAACACACUGUUGACUUCCUGUGUCUUCUCUGGCCGUUUUAUGUCCGGCAAAUUUGAUGACAUUUCACCCCUGGCCUCAUUCUUUCAAUAUUACCUGACCAUUAAGUCUCAUUCUCAGCAGGAAGGCACAGAGAAAAAAAGCAAAGAGAAGAGUAGGUGUUAGGGGAAGACAAGCGCUUGUGGGGUCCUAGCAUUUCUUCCUCCUGAAUAAUAUUUAACAUUUUUCGACCUUUCUGUGUAAAUUCUUUACAUGUUACUUUGAAUCAGAAGCCUUAGACAAGAGGAACAGGAAAUGCGACAGUAAUACUUGAUCAAGGUUUAGACAAGCACAAAGCAGUGAAUGUUGGUGAGAUGGAAAAGGACAUGUGGUUUUUCCAAAACCUUUUACAAAAAAAAAAUAAAUAAAUAAUCAGAAAACGAAAUUUAUAUUCACCCUCUUUAAUUUAAUACCCCUAAAUAAAAUUCUGUAAAAUUUCUUCAGAUAUUCUAUUUACCUAAUCUGUAAAUAGAGUCCCAACAGAUUAAAUAGAAUAAAUAAUCUCAGUUCAUGACAGAGGUUUGUUGAAGAACAGAAGACUUUUUAAACUACUUUGACCGCUGAACUCAAAGCGAGUCUCCAGCCAGUCUGACUGAGUUAUUUUGUGAAGAAUAAUUGGAAAAUGUUUUGGUUUGUAGUUGUGCAAAACUAACGGAGAAAUGCUGUGGUGGUUUCUAAUAGGGGUGACAUGGGCAUCAGCAUCUCAUCAGAGGGCGACAUGGGAGGUAUAAAAGAAGUUUAAACUUAAACAUAAAGCUUAAAUAUGUUAUACAAUAUUUAGAUUCAUAUAAUAUAUGUGGAAAACGCCUGUUUUCCAUUCCAAGCCGAUUAGAAAAAAGAAAGAUCAUUUAUAGAUGAUAACAUUUAAAAAGAUAUUUGGCCAAGGGCUGAUAUUAAAGUUGAAGCAGCCAGAAAAACAGGAAAGAUGCCAUCUAGUUUGACAAGGUCACUGGAAAGUCAAUAUUGGACAUUCUGUUCGUGCCUGCGAGUGCUUAAUAUUAUAUGGAGAUGAGUGAGCAAAGACGCUGGCAUGGUUGGCUGAUGUGGAGUUCUGAGGUGCAUCCUCCCCUCCCUGCUGCUCCAUGGUGCCCGGCGCCCCGCCCCCGCCUGUCCAGCGCGUCGCAUCUCUAAGCGGCGUUCGGCGCGGUCAGCAGCAGCAGCAGCAGCACCCGCACCCCACAGCCCAGCGCACAGCUCACCUGGCUGCACCGAGAACACAUUUCUGUUUUUUUAAAUUCCCUCCCUGACAGGCGUGGAAGGAAAGGAGCAGAUACCCCCGCAGAGACGUCACCAUGUCAGGUAGAGAGUGAAGAGGAGGUUCGGAGCCGUGAGGAGGUGGGGGAACAACACUGCGGGGUGCGCUUGGAGUGGCCUCUCCAUCCGGGUGAACACCUUUCCGGGCUCAAAGCGCGCACGAUGAUGCACCGCUGGCAGCUGCUGCCGCCGCGGCUGCUGCUGGCUUGCUUCGCCAUUGUGGGAGUUGGCCUCGGGGCAGACACAGAGGAGCGGCUGGUGGAGCAUCUCCUAAACCCGGCACAUUACAACAAGCUGAUCCGACCCGCCACUAAUGGCUCUGAGCUGGUUACCGUGCAGCUGAUGGUGUCGUUGGCCCAACUCAUCAGUGUGCAUGAAAGAGAGCAGGUGAUGACCACCAAUGUCUGGCUGACACAGGAGUGGCAGGACUAUCGGCUGACUUGGGUCCCCGAGGAGUUCGAUGGAAUGUUGAAGGUCAGGCUGCCCUCAAAACACAUCUGGCUUCCUGACGUGGUCCUCUACAACAAUGCUGACGGGGUCUAUGAGGUAUCCUUCUACUCUAACGCGGUGGUGUCCUAUGAUGGCAGCAUCUUCUGGUUGCCUCCAGCCAUCUACAAAUCAGCCUGCAAGAUUGAGGUGAAGCACUUCCCUUUCGACCAGCAGAACUGCACGCUGAGGUUUCGUUCCUGGACCUAUGACCGCACAGAAAUAGAUCUUGUGCUUCGCGCCGACGUGGCCAGCAUGGAUGACUUCACGCCCAGCGGAGAAUGGGACAUCAUUGCCCUGCCGGGUCGACGAAACGAGAACCCGGCUGACCCCACCUACGUGGACAUCACAUACGACUUCAUCAUUCGCAGGAAGCCGCUAUUUUACACCAUCAACCUCAUCAUACCUUGUGUGCUCAUCACUUCACUGGCCAUCCUGGUCUUCUACUUGCCAUCCGACUGCGGAGAGAAGAUGACGCUGUGCAUCUCCGUGCUGCUCGCGCUCACCGUCUUCCUGCUGCUGAUCUCCAAGAUCGUCCCACCAACUUCACUGGACGUUCCUCUGGUGGGGAAGUACUUGAUGUUCACCAUGGUUCUGGUCACUUUUUCCAUAGUUACCAGUGUGUGUGUGCUCAACGUCCACCACCGCUCACCCACCACGCACACCAUGCCUCCCUGGGUUAAACUGGUGUUCCUCAACAAGCUUCCCGCCCUGCUCUUCAUGCGACAGCCGAGGAACAGCAGUGAGCGCCAGCGGCUACGCCAGCGAAGGCGAGCACAGGAGCAGAAGGAGGGCGGGCGCAGCGGGGAGCCAGCGGCCCUGAUGGUUGGCCUCGGGCUUGGUGGCGGUGGUGGAAACGGAGGGGGGACCUCAUCGUCUGUUUUUGGGAAGGACGACGGGGACCCUUGCACGUGCUACGUGAACCGGGCGUCAGUCAAACAGUUUGGAGGGGAACUGGUGGGUGCCGGCGGGGGAUCAAUGGAUGGUCUGAACAGAGUGAGGGAGAGUCGGGAGGGCAGUUCUGGAAACCUGCCCCGGGGGAAGCAGGCAGCUGGAGGUCCGGCUUUGACUCAGGCCUUGCUGGCUCAAGCCUGUCCAGGAUUUGAUGAGGCAGUGGAAGGAGUUCGCUUCAUCGCCAACCACAUGAAGAGCGAAGAUGACGAUCAGAGUGUGAGCGAGGACUGGAAGUAUGUUGCUAUGGUGAUCGAUCGCCUCUUUCUCUGGAUCUUUGUGUUUGUUUGCGUGUUCGGCACGAUGGGCAUGUUCCUGCAGCCCCUUUUCCAGAAUUACACAGUGAAAACCAUCAACACGCCAGGCUGAUUGUCUCCGCCAACAGACAGCGCCCCUGACCAAUCAGAACAGCAGGACAAAUGACAGAGGUGUGGUGAUGUGUGAAUGCGCGUGGGGGUGCGUGUGCGUGUGUGGGGGUGUACUUUGGGGCAGUUGGGGAUCUUAGUUUUAUCGUGUCUAUGGAACUGGAAUCAAAAAUGCUGCUGAAGAGCUAUCCCGUCCAUUAACUUUAUAAUAACAUUUUUGCAACAAACAACCAUUUUUCUUGUAUGAGGAUAAAGUAAAAGACAGUGACACACUUUUUCCUGCAUUUUUUUUUGUUGUUGUUGGAGAAUUAAAACAGACUGACCGCCCCUCUCCAGUGUAAAGAUCCACCCUUGUUCCAGUCCUCAGCCUUUCAGGGAGUGAGGACGCUGAUUUUCUCCUUGUUGCACCCAGCCAGACAACACCGACUGCUUCACAGCAACGCCGCCACAGAUGAGACUCCAUGGUAGUGUUGGCUGACACUGAGCAUCAGAGAGGGAAGGAAGGUUCAAGUUGAGUGUCUUGCUUUUUUUUUUUUCUUUUUUCCCAAGAAAUCCAUUUUUUUUCUUUUUUCCCAAGAAAUCCAUGAUGUCAGUGAACCGAUUCAGUAUUUUUCAUCAUAGCGUAGCAGCUUGCCACAAGCAUAUUGCAUCGAGUAAAUAAUUAAUAUUUCUAUAUAUCAGCUCAUGCAAAGGUUUGUUGAUGAUGGAGAGAUUUCAGUGUGUUGUAUGAUUGUAUAGCUAUAAAAGGAAUGUGAUUUAAACUACUGCACAGCCUGCGUCCUGCACGCUAACACUAGACGUGUAAGACCUGCAGAUUAAAGGGAAACAUAAAGGAGAUGCAUAUACUGAAAGGAAAACAAGGGGGCAAUAUUACUGAAAAGUCAUGCAUGGACAUUUUUUCGGGUGUUUUUUUUUUUUUUGCUUAAAGUGUUGCAGAUUGCCGUACCAGAGGGCGCAGCUGCAGACGAGUCCUGGGAAGUGGAUUAAACUGAGCCAAAAUGCUGCAACAGAACGGUAAACGUUCUGGCCACUGGAAUGUGAUUUCUAUUUUUAACCAGAUGAAGUAAUAAGGAGGCACUCGGUUGUGCAAACAGUUAUGUGUAAAUUGAAUUAUCGAUAAACUGAUGGAGGUAUUUUCAAAGGCUUUGGGAUAAUUAUGUGUGUUAACAUGGUUUCACACCUGUUUACUUCAUGUUGUUGCCCUAAUCAGACUGAGGUGGUGUGUUUUAGCUCCUCUGUCCUCAUUAGAAAUGCACCAAGAAAAAAAAAAUUGGCUGGUGACCUGAAUCAGUCAAACCAGCCUGAAACCAGACAGACACUUCAAAAUCCAGAUAUUUUUCCAGUACAGGACACACGCCACAUCUGGAGGUACCCAAAGCUACCUAAAUAUUGCAUCAUUAAGGCACUUAAAAUCAUAGCCAGAGGAAGCACAGAUAUGUGAGAAGGUAUUUUGAAUAAACAGGCUUGUCUCUGACAUCUGGAGAAGGUUAAUUCAGGCAGUCAGAGAGCAACAGUUUCACCAGAGAGCAGGAAUGCUGAACGUAUUUGGAAAUCUCAGAUUAUGGAGAUAGAUUCUCUAAGGAAUACAUGCUAAUUUUGCUGGUUUUGUAAUGCCAGCGUGCUAAUCGUUACCAUAGCAUACUUAAGAUAGUUUAAAAUCUGAAUUCAUUAAUAUUUCUGUUUUUAAAAUGAUAGUAAAACCUUGUUGGUGACACAAUUAGUCAUUUUGAUCAGGUCUGAUCCUGCUGGAUUCUUGGUGCAAUAAACAAAAAAAAAAAAGAUUUGCGUUUGAUACGCCAGUGCAUUUAUUACCAGACAAAGUCAUAUUAAUUUCAGGUUGUCUUUCAUCUUACAUUAUUUCCUAAAUACAAAUCAUUGCACCAUAGCGUUAUCGCAUGAGGAAGAUUAAAUUGCAAAAGAUUUCCACUGCCAUUUGGUCAUCCUUUAAUAGUGUUGUUCCUAAGGAGAAAUCAGAGCCAACUUCAAGAUUUCCAAAAGUGGAAAAUCAGAAUCGCCGCAUGAUUCUGACAGGUGCAUCUCUAAUCCUCUUGCUCAACGCCUGAACUUUAAUGUGUAAAUGUGAACACCCUUCUGUAUUGUCACCUUUGAGGGUUGCAGCAUAAAGAAUAUGUGUCUUCCAACCCCUUCUUCAAUUAAUCUCUGCCAAAUUCCAGCCCCUUAUAUUUGCUCUUCCAAACUCACAAAUGUCUGGAAGUUAGUCUUAGUAUUUCCAGAAUCUUAUCGGGGUCUUCGACAGUCAUGGUAGACGCAAAAGGACCUUUGCAAUCACAUGUGCAAUUAAAAUCUUAAUAAAAAAAGGAGGAGCUCAAGAGGAUCAACUGUCCUUGUAAGUGGAAAAUGCCUAAACAAUUGAGUGGAAACCGGAAAAGAGCAAGGACUCCCAAUGUUUCACUUUAAAGGAAAAGGACUAAAAACACACAAAUAAAUGCUAUUUCAUCCCUGUUAUUGUCAUCGUCUGUGAGUUUCUCCAGAUUUCUACAGUCAUGUGCCCAGGUCUACAGCUUCACUCGCUGGGAGCCGUCUCCCUCUCUGCCUCUCGACGAUGGGAUCACCCGUGGGGAUCCCUGGCAGAUCUCAUACAAGUGUGAAAAGCCUUUCAGAGACCCGUGAAUACUGUUGGCUGCAUGGCUAUGCACAGAGAAAGUACCGCUGCCCACUCUCUGGUUGCUCCCCUCGACCUUUUCGCUCUCCUUCCUUUUUCCACUCACUUCCUCUCUGAUGAUUAUGCUCCACCAUCCUUCACCUUCCCCCCAUUCCUGACUCUGAAAUCUGCUCACCUUAACCGUUCCAAUAAAGGUUGUAGGUUCAGAUUAA